CAGCCACCCCAGGGCCCGGCCUGCACAGGCCUCGGGGACAAAGCCAGCACGGACUUCACCCACCAUGGCAUUUCUGACGCCCACCCUGCUUCUACUGGUGCUGCUGGAUCUGGGGGCUGCAGAAUUCAACAUCUCCAGCAUCUCUGGCUUGCUGUCCCCGGCCCUGGCAGAGAGCUUUUUAGUUGCCUUACCUCCCUGCCACCUCACCGGGGGCAAAGCCACCCUGACUGUAAGAAGAACAAAUGAAAGCACAGGGCUGACACAUAACUUCAUGGUGCCCCCCUGCCGCGGCCAGCGGGACCUGGUGAAUGUGGUGUACAGCGGCGGCAGCUUCACCGUCACCCGACUGGAUGCCUACCAAGUCACCAACCUGGUACCUGGCACCAGCUACUACGUCUCCUACUCCGUGGUGAAAGGGAAUGCAGUAGAAUCCAGUAACAGAGUCCAGAUGGCCACCCUGCCCCGAAGAAAAGUGGAGACUCUGGGGCUGGGCAUGGCACGCACCGGGGGCAUGAUAGUCAUUACAGUGCUGCUCUCUGUGGCCAUGUUCCUGCUGGUCGUGGGCUUCAUAGUUGCUCUGGCCCUCGGAGCCCGGAAAUGAGGCCCCGAGUGAGACCGGUCCCUCCCGGAGACAGAGAUGGAGCGGGCUUCCUCUCCGGGGCUUUGGGGGUCCUCUCCCAGGGUACCCCCUCCCCCCAACCGGCCAGCCUCCAACCUUCCUCAUUCCCCAAGCACUUGGCCCUCCAUUCACCUCAUCCCUUCACGUGGUCUUCCCUCCCUCCCCCCCAUCCUCCUUUCAAUUGGUCUCUCACUCUUUAAGGUCAAAAGCGAGCCAAGCCCGGAACUAAAGGGUGGAGGUGAUAGAAAGUUUAGAUAAACUCUGAGGAGUUUACAAACUGCCAAAUCCCCCACCCUGUCCAGACAUCCUUCCCCUACCUACCCCAAUCUUCCAAUAGAAUCUGAGAAUUGUAAAAGAAAUGAGGUCUCUUACUCCUCCCUAAACCCUACUUGCUCCCAGCCUCCCUCCCCCCAAAUCCCUUCCCAGAUCUGGGCCACCUGUCCACCGUCCCCUCAGCCUAUUCCCUGCAAUAAAGUGUGGAUGU